UAGCUGCUCAACAGAUACUGUGGGAGGGCCCAGUGCUACUCACUGUGCAUUGAAAAUCACUGUACAUCAUUAACAUUUUCCAUUCCUCAACUUCCAGAAUAUUUCCCCCACGGUUUGUAGACCAGCUGAAGGAUCGUGUGGAAGCUAAGAGAGAAAUUAGAGGAAAACUGCUGAAAGAGCCUGUCUCUACUGAUUCGGUUGACACCAUGUGGGUGACUAACCUGGUAGCCAUGGCCCUAUUGGCCACUGCAGCCUCCRCUGCCACCGCCGCCUCGGCAGACAAGGUCCUGAGCAACCACGCCACCCUGUUGGCUGACAACAGCGCCAGCCUGGCGUUCAGCCUCUACCAGAACAUAGCCAAGGAAAAGGACCUGGAGAACAUCCUCAUCUCCCCGGUGGUGGUGGCCUCUUCCCUGGGCCUGGUGGCACUCGGGGGCAAGGCUUCCACCGCCUCCCAGGUCAAGACCGUGCUGAGCGCUAACAAAGUGAAGGACGAGCAGCUGCACGCUGGCCUGGCCGAGCUCCUGGAGGAGGUCAGCGACUCCAAGGCCCGUAACGUCACCUGGAAGAUCAGCAACCGCCUAUACACCCCCAGCUCGGUCAACUUUGCAGAUGCCUUUGUCAAGAGCAGCAAGAAGCACUACAAAUAUGACCACACAAAGAUAAACUUCAAGAACAAGAAGAGCGCUGUGAAGUCCAUCAAUGCUUGGGCGGCCAAAUUCACAGAUGGCAAGCUGCCCGAGGUAACCAAGGAUGUGGAGAAGACCGAUGGGGCCAUGAUCAUCAACGCCAUGUUCUUCAAACCCCAUUGGGAUGAACAGUUCCACCAUAAGAUGGUGGACAACCGUGGCUUCCUGGUGUCUCACACUCACACUGUUGGUGUACCCAUGAUGCACCGCACAGGUAUCUAUGGCUUCCACGAAGACACAGUGAAUAAGCUGUUCAUCCUGAGCAUACCCCUGGCCCAUAAGAAGUCCAGCAUGGUGUUCUUCAUGCCCUACCACGUGGAGCCCCUGGAGAGGCUGGAGAAGCUACUGACCCGCAAGCAGCUGGAAGACUGGAUGGGCAAGCUAAAGGAGACGGCUGUUGCUGUGUCUCUGCCCAAAGUCUGCAUGGAAGUCAGCCACAACAUUCAGAAACACCUUGGGGAGCUGGGUCUGACAGAGGCUGUGGAUAAGACCAAGGCGGACCUGUCCAACAUCUCUGGGAAGAAGGACCUGUAUCUGUCCAAUGUCUUCCAUGCCUCUGCCAUGGAGUGGGACACCGAUGGGAACCCCAUAGACAGAAGCAUCUUCGGCACAGACAAGCUGAAGAACCCCAAGCUGUUCUACGCUGACCAUCCCUUCAUCUUCCUGGUGAAGGACACCAAGACCAACUCCAUCCUCUUCCUCGGCAGACUGGUGCGGCCUAAGGGCAAGAAGAUGAGAGAUGAAUUAUAACACUUUGGAGUCUUAUGUGAAGUGUUUUUGUAUGUGUGUGUGUUAUGGUGUUUGUAUUUUUCUAUGCAAAGAGAGGAAAGGGAGAAAAUGAAUUUGUAUGUCUAAUACCUCAAGAGUACAUUCCCAUUUGAUCAUCAAUGUGCCAACAUUUGUGCCUGUUAAUCACUAUGCAUGAUUCAGAAUUAUAUUUUUGUGUUGUAAGAAACAAAGCAUUGUGCACUCUAACUUCACCUUGACAUGGUAUUAUCAUCUAGCCUGGUUUCAAAACUGAAUAUCGCCCCAUUUCACAAAAGAGAGUGAUAUUGGGUUUGGUCACCCUCAUGUUUGAGUAUUUAAAUUAAGAUGAGAUCACAGGAUGGAUACUUACAUUAAGCAUGAUCUACCAAACUAUUGCUUAAAUGUAAAAUAAGCAUUCCUCUGUUUUCCUCUCCUGUCUCCAGUUGGGAUCCCAACUGAUUGCACACUGUUUCACUUUACUUUGGAUUAUAGGCUAUUCUUCUGUA